GGAGGGGAGAGUAAAUUAAUUGAUGGGAGUAAUUUUUAUUCAUCGGGAGCAUAGAACCCUAAUCCGGGAGAGACAGUCACUGUAGCAGCAAAACAGAGCAGCAGCAAAGAAGAAGAAGAAGAAAGGAUAUGGUGGUGGAAUCAAAGCAGUGCGUGGUGUUUGGUAUUUGGAGGGGGAAUCGGUCGGGAUAUGACUGGUAUGGUUUCGACAGUUUAUUCAGUCCGGUGGAAGCCCUGAAAGGCAGUUAUGAUCCCGAGGACGAUUGUGGUUAUGAUUCUGAUGAUGUUGGUCACAUCUUCUUUGAGUUUGAUAUAUUCAAUCGUGUGAAGCUUGAAGACGACUCGUCAAUCGCCAAACCACUAGUAACACUGGAUGGUACUCGUCGGGAUUCCACAAUUGGUUCUUGGGGCGGUUGCGUGUUUCGUGUGGGUGGAAGCUACUACACGGAGCAGGAGACGAAGGAGAUCAAUAGGUGCCCAGAUGACCCCAGAAGGAAACGGUUGGGUCUGUACACCAAUCUGGUUGAUUACUGGAAUCCAGCUGAACAAGGUAGUCAGUGGAAGCCUCACUCUCGGAUGAAUCAGGCAAGGUCUUGCUGUAAGGUUCUAGCUCUGGGGCAACGUAUGUAUGUCGCCGGUGGUGCUAUUAUUUAUUCAGACAACAACAACAAGAAGAAGAAGAAGAAGAAGAAUAAGGCGAUGAUAUUUAUGGAAGAGUUUGAGUCGGAGGAAAGGGGUUGGGUUGGUGUUGAAAAUCCUCCAGAGGAUUCUCAUCUUAUGGAGGCUUGGGGAAUGGUGUGUGCGGCGUGGGAAGGUGAGGGUAAGUUAUUAUUUGGUUCAGACGCUUGUACACACUUUUAUGCAUAUAAGCCAGCUUCUUCUUCUUGGGAGCGUUGCGAUCAUCUUCCGUUUGAUAAAUCUGCGCUAGAAAGCAGUACAAGACAUCCUGGCGUUGUGGUUGGAGACCAUUGUCUUUGGCUGGAUUGGGGUUGCAAAGGAAACUCUUUGAUUGGACUUGAUCUAGUUAAUGGCAGGUAUUUUAGAAUUGACCUGCGUUCUGAGAGGCUCCUGCCCGUACCAAGUUUCGCUAUUUAUACCCCUCUCUUGCUUCAUCUGGGUGAUGGAAAGUUGUGUCUGGUCUGGAGAGACAACACUCUGUAUCGUGUACAAGGAGGACAUGAGGAAGAAAGCAGCAAAAGCAGUACAAGACAUCCUGGCGUUGUGGUUGGAGACCAUUGUCUUUGGCUGGAUUGGGGUUGCAAAGGAAACUCUUUGAUUGGACUUGAUCUAGUUAAUGGCAGGUAUUUUAGAAUUGACCUGCGUUCUGAGAGGCUCCUGCCCGUACCAAGUUUCGCUAUUUAUACCCCUCUCUUGCUUCAUCUGGGUGAUGGAAAGUUGUGUCUGGUCUGGAGAGACAACACUCUGUAUCGUGUACAAGGAGGACAUGAGGAAGAAAGCAGCAGUAGCAGCAGUAGUGAUGAUGAUAGUGAGGUAGAAGAAGAAGAAGAAGAAGAAGAAGAAGAAGAAGAAGAAGAAGAAGAAGAAGAAGAAGAAGAAGAAGAAGAAGAAGAAGAAGAGAUAGACAACUUCUCUGAUGAAGAAAAAGAAGAAUCACGAAUGAAGAAAAAUGAGAAGGACGGAAUGGACAAUUUAUUCGGAGGUUAUCGUUGCAAUGAAUUCGUUAUAGAUUUCCGGAGAGCGUACAAAAUAGGGUCUGUCGUGAAAAGCAAGUCGUAUAAGCAGUCGAGGGCUACUGGUUGCUUGAGGGUUAUUUCUAGAAGGAAACUUAUUGCUCCCACUCUCUGUCACCAACUUCAACAUGCUUUUGCCCUGAAUGUUGCAGUCCCUGAAGAUACUGGUGGCGGCCAUAGCAUGCCGGAUUCUGCGGUUGAGGUGGCAGCAUCAGACAGUAAGCACCAAGCAGAGGCCAAUGCUGUCUUGCGUCCUUGCAAGAGGAGAAGGCUUGACAAGUAGAGGAAAAGCAUGUAAUGUUCAUGAUCUCCCAAAUUCCAAGCUAUUGCUUGAUAGCAAUUUGCAAUCUUUUUAUCUAGUAAAGAACCAAGCAAGUU